ACCAGAAAAAAAUGAAAAUAAAUUUUAAGUAUUUACAAACUCUUUAUUUUAAACUCCAUAAAACCCUCCACCUAGAGAUUUCACUCCUCUUCCUCAUGUAAACUCUCCCUCUCUCUUAUUUAUCUUUCUUUCUUUCUUCUAUGAAUUUUUAUUUUCCCUUAUUUAUUUUAAAAUUUUCAUUUCUGUAACUUCUCCGUCAAAAAGAGGGUGAAGAUAAUUUUUUUUAAAAAAAGCCUGGAGGAACAAAUCAAAACCCUUAACGAUGAUGCAGCAGGGUGGUAGUACAACCACAGCCGCCGCAACAGAAGCGGUGCCACUACAACAUAACGAGUCAGCCGCUACAGAAGCUGCGGCAGCAACAGCAGCAGCGGUUGGAGCUUUUGAGGUGUCGGAGGAGAUGGGCGACCGUGGUUUUGGAGGAAACAGGUGGCCGCGGCAGGAAACGCUUGCGCUGCUGAAAAUACGAUCCGAGAUGGGAAUAGCGUUUAGAGACGCUACCGUUAAAGGACCCUUAUGGGAAGAGGUUUCCAGGAAAAUGGGGGAGCUUGGUUAUAUAAGAAACGCAAAGAAAUGCAAAGAGAAAUUCGAAAACGUUUACAAAUACAACAAACGAACCAAAGAAGGCCGUACCGGAAAAUCCGAAGGCAAAACUUAUCGCUUCUUUGAUCAGUUAGAAGCUCUCGAGACUCACUCAACCUCCUCUUCACUACAUCCCCAUCAACAAACGCAAUCGCAACCGCUUCAACCGCAACCUCUACCACCUCACAAUAACAUUAGCUCAAUGUUCUCCACUCCUCCAGUAACAACUGUUACGCCGCCGCCGACAACAAACAUGACUCCAGUGAACAUAUCUUCAUUUCCAAACAUCUCAGGAGAGUUUCUGUCGGAUAAUUCCACAUCGUCUUCUUAUUCCACUUCUUCUGACGUUGAGGUUGGUGGCACGACAACAACCACGAGGAGGAAGAAGAGGAAGAGGAAGAGGAAAUGGGAGGAGUUUUUCGAGCGGUUAAUGAAACAGGUUGUCGAUAAGCAAGAGGAACUUCAACGCAAGUUCUUGGAAGCUGUUGAAAAGCGAGAGCAAGAGAGGAUGGUUAGAGAAGAAUCUUGGAGAGUUCAAGAAAUUGCUAGAAUCAACCGAGAGCACGAGAUCUUAGCUCAAGAACGCUCCAUGUCCGCGGCUAAAGACGCCGCGGUAAUGGCGUUUCUUCAGAAGUUUUCAGAAAAACCGAACCCUCAAUGUCAAUCAAUAGUAAUACCGCAACCUCAACCGCAACAGCAACAUGCUAGAUCGCAAAUGCUGGUUAAUAAUAACAACCAGCAGGUGACAUCGCAGCAAACGCCUCAAACGCCACCUCCUCAGCCGUCACAUGCAGUGAUACCGACCUUCGACACUACUACGGAAACAAAUAAUAGUGAUCAGAACAUGACUCCUGCGUCGGCCUCCACGGGAGGAGCGGUAAGCUCUUCGCGGUGGCCGAAAGUGGAGAUAGAGGCAUUGAUAAAGCUGAGGACGAAUCUUGAUACGAAAUAUCAAGAGCACGUACCAAAAGGACCAUUGUGGGAAGAGAUAUCAGCAGGAAUGAGAAGGUUAGGAUUCAACAGGAACUCAAAGAGAUGCAAAGAAAAAUGGGAAAACAUUAACAAAUACUACAAGAAAGUCAAGGAGAGCAACAAGAAACGCCCUGAAGAUUCCAAGACUUGUCCUUACUUUCACCAGCUUGAUGCUUUAUAUAAAGAGAGGAACAACUUCCACACCAACAACAACCACAACAUAGCAUCUUCUUCCUCAACAUCUGGUUUAGUCAAACCGGAUAAUUUGGUUCCUUUGAUGGUCCAACCGGAGCAGCAAUGGCCUCCAGCUACGGCAACUACGGUUGGUGCAACGGCUCAACCCGAUCAACAUCCUCCUCUUCCUCCUCCUCCUCAGCCGUUGGAUCAUAACUUUGAUGAAGAAGAAGGCACAGACGAAGAAGAAUACGACGAUGAGGAAGACGACGAAGAGGAUCAAGAAGAAGAGGAAGGAGGUGAAGUUUGAGCUUGUACCGAGCAAUAACAAAGACUAGUAAUCUUUGUAAGUUUUGAUAUAGAUGAAAAGAAUUUAAAUAUUGGAAGGGGUUUGUUUUUUUAUCUUUGAUUUUUAUGUUAUACUGAGGAAAAAUUAAUAUGUUGAUAAUAAAUAAAUGUUGUGUUAAUCGA